UGCCUCAUGUGGAGCUAAUUUAAAGCUUGAGGACAAUUUUUGUACAUUUUGUGGAAAUAAGAAAAAGGUUAAAGAAGAAGAGGAAGUAAAUAUUCGCAUAAAUGAAAAACUUGCUCUUAGCGACUUUCAAAAGUAUAAAACUGUCGAGAGGAAAUCUAGGUUUAAAAGAAAAUCUUUUGCACCGAUAAUUUCCAAUGACUCUCUAAAAAAAAGUCGUUCUAUUGAGAAUGUAACAAUAAAUGUUGGUAUUAUGAAAGAUAAUGGUAAAGAUGAAAUUAACAUUGUGAGGGGAAGUAAAUUGCCUAUACAUGUCCCAAGGCAAGGUAAUGCAAAGAUGGUUUUUGAAAUCGCUUGUGGAAAACAUGCAGAUCAUAACCAAUUUUUUUGUUAUAACGAUAACUGGGUACUACUAUAUCCUGAUAAAAAAAAAGCUGAAUAUGUUCCAGGCACUAACUCUUUGUUUACAGUUGAAAAGUAUAAAGAAAGUUUAAACAAACCAUUUUAAAAGAUAGACUUAUAUCUGUGUAAGCAAAGUAUUUUAAAUCUAGAAAAUAAAGAAGUCACCGAUUUAAAUAAUGACAGCUCUAUUUCGGAUUUAGAUAACUUCUGUUUUCAAUAUCAUAGUGAAGAUUUCAAUAAUAACACUUUGUCAAAUAAUUAUCUUGGAGAUUUUCCAGAAAAAUUAUCUAUUGAAAAUAAUCAAUCAUUUUCUUAUUUUGGUGUUGUUGACAGUAAAUCUGUAAAAAAUUUUAAAGAUAUUUCUUCACAACAAACAGCCAGUCAAUCUAGUUCAGGCGUCAGCUGCGGUCUUUGUCCUGUAUGUAAUCAAAGGUUUCCUUUUUCAGUGCUUGAACAACAUGCAGAUAAUUGUUUAAAAAAUAAAGAAAAGCAAAUGGUAUAUUUGAUUUGACUAAUAGUUAUGAAAUUGAUUUGACUAAUAGUUAUGAAAAAGAACAAGAUUUUGAUAAACCUGAGAAUAUAAAUGAUCUUAAAAAAAAGAUUCCAGUUUUAAUAAAACAACUCAGUGAUAUACAUGAUGGCGAUGUCAGAAUAAAUGUUCGUCGUCAAUUUGAAUUUGAAGACUUCCACAAAUUUUUUACUAAAAGUUGGAACAAGGAUAAAAUCCACAAUUUAUACAAGUUUUCAUUUGUUGGUGAGCCUGCUAUCGAUACAGGUGGAGUGUUUCGAGAAUUCUAUUCAGGUUAAAUUUAUAUGCAGAGUUGUUAAUAAGGCUAAAAUAUAGCAAGGCUAAUGUUAAAUGUUACUUAGCAAACAACAAGGCUAAAAUGUUUCAUGACCAAGGAAUUAAUUCUUUUAAUUAAAAGCAAGCCUGAGGAUUAACAACUCUGUUUAUAUGUAUCAAUAGUGUUAAUUGUUGUUUUUUAAAAGUUUUGGUUGAUUAUUUAAAGUUUUUUUGACUAAUUGUUUUUUAUUUUUUGUAUCUGAUCUUUUCUCAAAAAGAUAAUUCUUAAGGUAAUUUUAGUGUUUUCUAUAACUUUGACUCAAAAAUAAAAGAACAAUUUAACAGUUAUAAUUUGCAAUUUAUUUGUUUAAGAUUUAAUUAAUAAACUAAAAUUAAUGCUUCAAGAAUUAUAGUUUUUUUUCUUUACAAUAUUUAUUUUUGUAUUUAGAAGCUUUAAAAUCAAUUAAAAUUAGGUUCUUUACUGGCGAUGAUUUGGUUGGCUAUGUACCAUCAUGUGGUAUUCUUAGUGUUGCAGAUGGCACAGUAAAAACUAUAGGCCAUUUAUUUGCAGCAUCUAUUGUGAAUGGCGGACCUGCACCUUUUUUUUGUCCCCUUGGGUUUAUGAGCUUAUGGUGAAUGGCAUUUCAACUGCAGUACGGUGUUGUCCAAAGGCUUUAGAUGAAUCUUCAAAUUUAAAAAGUAUUUUUGAUAAAAUUUUAUUUGCAACUACAGAUGACUAUUUAACUAAUGUGCUAUGUACUGAAGAAGGAAUGGAUGCACUUGAAAUAAUUGGAUAUAGAAGUGAUCCAAGAAAAUCGUCUAUUGAUGAUAAACAUGCUCUUUUAGAAUCAAUGUUAAUUAAAGGAAAAAUAGAGCAACUUUUACCUGUAGUUGGAGAAAUUGCGAUUGGUUUACAAGUGUAUGGCUUUUAUGAAGUUAUAAAAAAAAAUUCAAAUAUCAUGCGAGUUUUAUUUUGUGCAAACGAAAGUUUUAUAUGGAAAUUUGAUGAUUUUAUACUUUUGUUAAAACCGCAGUUUAGCGAAUCCGGAGAGAACAAAAAAUCAUUUGAAAUUUCUACAUACAAAGCUUUUCUUGAUGUUGUUGAGUAUAGCUUCAAUACUGAACUGGCGGAUCCUUCAUCAAAUGAUAUUUUGCAGUUUUUGACUGGCUCGCCGUCCAUUCCCGCAAUAGGGCUUCCAAAAGAUAUUUCUAUAGUUUUUGUUCAUGGAUGUCCGUUAACAAAUAAUGGUAAAGAAUGCAAAUGUUUACCAACAGUCAGCACUUGUGACAUACAGUUAAAUCUGCCAGUUCAUAUAAAUACAGAAAACACUAUGAAGGAAGCACUUUCAUUAGCUGUAAAAAACGGUUACCAUUUUGGACUUAUUUAAAUGCGUGAAGACAUUUCUUACU